AUUUGCAGCUUGUAGUUUCUCGGCGUCGAAACCCACAAGCAUUACCCUCGUAGAUGCAACUAAGAACCACCCCGCCUCUGAACACUGUAGAGUCCGGAAGACCAGCGUGUUUAAAUGCGGUGAGUGGACCAACUUACAGAAACUGAACAUCACGCAGGACCGAGGUAUCUGGACGGUAGCUAAGGAAACCGACAGCGCUGGUCGCAAUGUUUGGUGGACUGGCAGUCUAGACGCAUUUCAGUCGCUCAGUGGCUAUCUAUUGUAUCUGGAGAUUUCAUGUGAUAAUACAGCAUCUACCUCAUGCACAGUCGUCAAGAUGGCUGGUACAAGAGGCUACGCAGUUUCUACGAGAAGUGAUUUAUCAACAGAGGGCAGUAUACCCAACUGGCUGGUCACUAGUAACGGCACUGCUGGUAAUAAAACGGAAGUCAUUACAGACGAGGAAUAUAAACAGCUAGAGAUGCUAGUCACAGCGGUCUGUAUGAGUGUUGCCUUGCUACUGUGUAUUUGGCUAACGUGUUUUGCUGUCGAGAAACGAGUUCAAAGCAAAAAACGAGGUAGCGAAAAGCAGUUUGCUUCGCAGACGAGAACGUAUCCCCAUGAAGUAGCACAUGUCCGUAAAACGUUAAUGGAUGUAUACGACAUGCCAAUGAUUCGCUUCAACAUGUCGGGUGAGGACGAUGAGGGCGCCAGCCAGACUAUGAUCCAGCCAAAGAAAAAGGAGAAGGAGGCUACGAUAGCUGAGGUCACGCCAGAUCACGAAGCCGACGGAGAGGAGUCUACGUCACCCUCGUCCUCGGAACUACGGACAGAGACCGGCUCGUCGUCCUCAGAGACCCUAGCAGUUCAGACCGGAUAUUUAGGGGUCCCUAGGAACUCCGAAGACCAAGAGUUUAAAAACUGGCGGCCUUGUCUGAAGCAGCAACUGACGGUGGGAUGUUCUAAGAAAUCCCCGCCCAUGUCUCCGACCAAGAAGAAGGCCACACCUCCGGGCAUCCUGAAGAAGUCACCGAACACUAGCCCGACACGCUCCCCGACCAGAUCGCCACCAAUGCCUCGCCGAUCUCCCAUUAAGAGUAUACUUAUCAAGAGGUCGCCUACCCUGCAUAAACGAUGGAAAACUGCCGUCACUCGCCAUUUCCAACACCCGAUGACUCAAAACCACGCUGUGGCGGCUGCUCCCCCAACGGAUGCCAUAGAAAUGAAAACUGUGAACGGGUUAAACAAUGUCGAACCACAAGCGCCUAAAAGAUCGAUCCUAAAACACGGCUCUCGCUGGAGGGCGCUAGCACCAAAACUUGUGCCGAUGGUGAAAGCCGAGGAGCUCGACGACGACGUCACGUGGGAUGGUGACGACACAAAACACCAGGUGGUUAUUAAGUGUGAGAUUCAUCACGAGGACGAGAGGCGGGAGACAGACCCCGACUCCGAUGAGAAAGUGUACACGGAGAAAUCUCCGCUCACUCGGAGUAUACGGAUGGUGUUGGAGCCCAGACUAGAUGCACCGACCAAGAAAAACAGUAUAGAAUGGCGAUGUGAGGACUUCGACGGUGUCCCAUGCACAGAUGUUUAACGCCUGCCCCCAACGUCCACUGAUGCAACGUCCACCAUGAUCUAGUAUCAACUCAUGAAUAUGCAAAGGCUGGAUUGGAGCAAUCUUUCAAUAGUUUACUUUUGGUAUCCGUAAAUUAAUAGAGGACCUUUCUGUGUGUAAAAUUAAUAGACAAAAAAUGACGUAUUGACGCAUGCGCAUUGGAACAUUGUUGUUAGCCUCGUCCACAAGUCGCCUAUAUACACGUCUUCAAUAUGACUGACGACUUGAGAGGAGUUUAGUUUCGACAAAAAGGGUGAUAAUAUUUAUUUAUCAGCAUUUCAUAUUCUCGCGAAAAAUAUUGAUAUAAAUAUUUAUAAUCUGUGAUAUUAAAAUGUAAAAGAAAAUCAGUACUUCUAAAACACAACUUUAAAGGAGACAAUUGUUCCACAAUCGUAGCUUGAUCAUACGAGACACAUCCAUGCGACAACUUUACAAUCACAAUCAUCUACACUUUAAAAUUAACGCACACACAUUUGUUUUAUCAAAUUAAUUAUUAAAUGCAUUGUUUCAAACGUAAGCGUUAUGUCACCACUCCCCGAAAACCAAUACCACGUUAAUGGCCUUAGUGAAUGUAGACCUUUUAGACGAGUCUCAUCUCCUGUAGCACAUUAUGGGUCGAAGUUAUUUUAAAAUGUUCAGUUAGAAUAGUUAGUUCACAACAAGCUGUUGAUUAUAAGAAACAAAAAGUCAAUUGCAAUUCUCAGACGAAUUAACGUAUUCAUAGGGGCUGGGAACAACAGCAUCUUGGAUUGUAUAGUGGUUCUGGAAAAUCUGUUAUGACGGUGUUAAUUAACACAUCCUUAAGAUUAUAGUUGAUUUGUUUUAUCGGGUUGGGUGCGGGGGAUGGAGAAUAAAUGAAUCUAGAAUAACAAAACCAAAACUUACCCGUUACUUGGUAGAAAGUUCCCACUCGUCCUGAGAAAUAGUUUCAUCUGAAAGGCAGUUACCAUCGAUGACAUGUCGUGUUAAUACUUAAACCCCCUGGCUGUAAAAGACAUGAAAAAUAAACAAGAUGUGAGUAAACAUUUGAAGAAAAAAGAAGAUGAUUACUCGCAGAGCUAAUCCUACCUUUAUGCAAUAAUUCUCAAGUCUGAGAACCUGUGACAAUUAUGAGCACGGAUAAUGUUUCUUUAAUAAGUGUUUCUGGUGUUCGAAUAAAAGAAAGUGAACGUCGAAGCAGGGUGAACAUACCCAACUAUAACAUAAUAAACACAACUGGAACUCGUGGUAAUACUAUAAGGGAAUUAAAGCUCACGGUGUCAAUGCAAUCCCCACCCAAGAAAUUUAAAACCAUUGCUCCAAACGAGUAAGAUUAUAUUAUUGUUAAAGGCACUUGACACCGUUGGUAAUAAUUGUCAGUACAAUCACGUAGUGUAUCCCUAAAUAUUCAUAAAAAUUAAAACUCAUUGAAAAUAAAAACUCAAUUUGUCAUUGAAGUUGCAAGAGAUGGAAGAAAACACACACAAUUUGCACAAAUUUGUAUGCUUUCAGAUGCCUAAAAAGGUUCAGGACUGAUGUAUUUUAAUAAUUGAAAGAGAAACCCCUCUUCCUCAAAAACUAUACGUUACAUCACAUGGAGCCGUUUGUCACAAUGUUUUCAACUACCAACAGCUCGACA